UUGAGUGUUACAUUUGGAAAAAGUACAUAAAUGAGUUUUUUUGUGUGUUACAUUGAAGUGUUACGUUAUUGGAGUGUUAUAUUAGAGUUCAGGUUUUUGUUCGUAGUGUGUGAUUUUGUUUAGAAUGAAGAAAAAUCUAAAACUUUUAUAAUGCAAAUUGUCCAAAUGUGUAAUUUUACAUUUUGAGAAAAUCACUUUUAUCUCUAAAAAAUUAAAUCUAAACAUGUAAGUGACUAUCAUUUUAUAUAAUUUUCACUUUAAUUGGACAUUUGGGCUUAUAAAAAAAGAAAAAGAAAAGGAAAGAUUAAAUCGUUCAGAACAUCACAUUUAUGAAGUCGGGCAGGUUUACACAAGUUUUAAAUGGGUGUGAUUGAAUGGCCCAUGAGUUUGAAUUGAGUAGAGUGUAAUAAAAAAUUAAAUCUUAAGGGAACAUUAUUGUAUUUGGUUAAACCUGAAGGGGGAGUUCCUAUUACUUACUCUGGGUAGUGCUAUACAGACAAACAAGAUUAACAAAAAAAUAAACCUCGUUUUGUAUUGUAAAAGUUGUUAUUACAUCAUAUGAAUUUAUAUAUAAAAAAAAAAAAAUUGUUAUUUGUGAGUAGAAUUUUACUGUUUAUUCACCCAAAAAAAAGAAUUUUACUCUUUUAUUUAUUACAUUUUGUCCGGACAUUGCCAUCUCUCUCUCCCAUUCUAUGAUUGCAAUUUGUCCCAUGAUUAUUUGCUCUAGACAUGCAUGCAUUGCCAGCUAAUGGAGUUGUGAAAGAUCAAUUUUUUUCAAUGAAAAUAAUAAUAUUUCAAAGCUUGAAUUCAGUAAUCAUUGGGGAGGCAAUAAAGCAUAAAGUUCCUAUGGCCUGUACCCCCUGUUUCCCAAACAAUCAAAUCUCAAAACGUUGCCCAUUUCGUUACCAAUCAGAUUCAACAAAGAUUCAGACGUCCUUGCCGGUUGUUAGCCCCAAAAUUGCAGACAAGAUGACAAUGAACAAGAAGAAGAUCAACAGUCUUUUGUUCUUAUAAAUACAUUGAUACACCUUCAUUGACAUUCAAUUCAAUGAAAGCAAAAGCAAAAGCAAAAGACUCUACAUAAGAAAGCAAAAGCAAAGAUGGCAAGCUCAUCUUCAUCAAUUUGUUUGCAGUAUCAAUUUAGGUCUAUUAGCUUGCCUUCUAGGUUACAUCCCCAUUCUACCAAAAUUGAAGCUCAAUUAAACAAGCUUAGAACUUGGAAGACAUCAUUGGUUUCCACAGUUCCUCCAAGCGCAGAGAUUGUUAAAACCAGUCUUGUUGGGCUUGCGGAGUUGUAUGUUUCUGUUGAUGAACUCAUUCAUUCUCCAGUCACCCAACAGGCUCUUCUCCAACACCGAGAUGGACUGAUAGUGGAAGAGGCGCUUGAGGGGUCUAUUGGGUUGCUAGACUCAUGUGGUAAGACACGAGACUUCUUGUUGGUGAUGAAGGAACAUGUGCAAGGCCUUCAAUCGGUGUUGCGUAGGAAGGGUGGAGAUCUAAGCAUUGAAAGUGAUAUCAAUGCUUAUAUGUUGUGCAAAAAAAGAGUGAAGAAGGAGACUGCAAAGUGCCUCGGAGCAUUGAAGCAAAUGGAAAACAAAUUUGGUUCCUUUCCUGUUCUCUUAGAUGUGAAUCACUACUUAUCAAUGUUGAUUAGAGUGUUCAGGGAAGUAACUUCCAUUACCAUCUCUAUCCUACGAUCCCUCUUCUUGUUUCUGUCACAGACAACCUCAAAGACGAAGCCUAGUGGAUGGUCAUUGAUCUCAAAGUUUAUACUUACAAGGCCAUCAACUACUGAGAGAGGCGGCGACAAGGUUUCCAAUGAGGGGGAGAGUGUGAUGUCGUUCUUCACUCACUGCUUCGAUGCAUUCGGAGCAAUGAUGCAAAUAUUGAUGUACAAAUGGCAAGGAAAAGAUUACAAAAACUUGAUGGUUGCAUAGAAGGACUUGAGGGUGGAUUAGAUUACUUGUUUAGGCGACUAAUCCAACAUAGAGUCUCCCUCCUUAACAUUUUAGCUCACUAAAGAGAGAUAUGAACCGCUGUACAUCUUAAA